CGACGUAACCCACGCUUCAUCUUUGUCGUCGCCUCGCCCCGUUUCGCCUCAUUUUUUUACCAGUCCGCGCACCAUCUCACCCACAAAGUUCGCCACCAUGAAGGCAGCCCUGCUCCUCUCCGCCCUGGCCUCUUGCGCCAUUGGUGUCGUCGCCGCCGAGGACCUCAAGAUCGAGGUCACCCACGCCGUCGAGUGCGAGCGCAAGUCCCAAAAGGGCGACAAGCUGUCCAUGCACUACCGCGGCACUCUGGCUGCCAACGGCCAAAAGUUCGAUGCCAGCUACGACCGCAACCAGCCCUUCUCCUUCAAGCUGGGUGCUGGCCAGGUGAUCAAAGGAUGGGAUCAGGGUCUCCUUGACAUGUGCAUUGGAGAGAAGAGAACCCUCACGAUCCCUCCCGAGCUGGGCUACGGCCAGCGCAACAUGGGCCCCAUUCCGGCUGGCUCGACUCUUAUCUUCGAGACCGAGCUGCUGGCCAUCGAGGGCGUCAAGGCCCCCGAGAAGCCUGCGGCCGAGAAAGUGGCCGAGAAGGUUGCCAGCGUCGCCUCCGAGGCUGUCGAUGCCGCCAAGACGGUUAUUGCCGACACUGAUGAGGGUCACGGGGAGUUGUAAACGACAUGAUGAUUUGUAAAUAUUUUCCUUUUGGUCGCAUAGCGGAUCGCAUAGCGGAUCGCAUAGCGGAUCCCAAAAGUACAUGAAACGUUUCCGCCAGAUGCUGGAGUUCAACAGUAUGAAGAUGUGAUCGUCCGUCAGCUAUCAAUCACCGUUAGGCA